AGACCGAAAGAUGGACAGAAGCGCAAACGGGGACAAAUCAUGGAGCGAAAUCCUUGGAGUAACGGUCGGGACCGGGUCGCAUGUCAAAGGUCAAAGACACACCUGUUUGGGGAAGGAAACGAAACGCGGAGGAUGUUUUUGAAGUUUCCUGUCUUUAUUCUGCUGUUUCAAGGUGGCGUUUCCGCCCCAGACCAGGACUGAUCACGCACAGACGCCGACCGCUGACGUCGAGUCCCAGUGGCUGUGGGGAAAACACCACGGACAGAACAUGGCACCGAGGAUAGACUGGCGAGACCUGCGGAGACUGUGCCACUGGGGCCCCAUGGUGGCUCUCUUCAUCAUCAUCUACUGCUACGUGAUGGGCGUCGGCUGUAUCCUCAUCUGGUGGCCGCCAGUCACAGCCGCAGGAGUUGCUCACCUAAUAGUGUACACAGCCUGGGAGCUGACCAUCCUGUAUAACUUCUUCUAUGCCAUGCUGUUAGGGCCGGGGUUCGUGCCACUUGGGUGGAAACCGGAAAAGGAGGCAGACUGCCAGUUUCUACAGUACUGUAAGCAGUGUAAAGGGUACAAGUCACCUAGAUCCCAUCACUGUAGGAAAUGUAAAAGGUGUGUGAUGAAGAUGGACCACCACUGUCCCUGGAUCAACACCUGCUGUGGCCACCUGAACCACACCCGCUUCAUCCUGUUCCUCCUGUCUGCCCCGCUGGGCUGUCUCCACGCCACCGUGGUGUACGGCUGUACCAUGUACAGGUACCUCUACCUGGGUUCUUCCUAUUACUACCUGGUGGAGGACGAUGAUUUGGAGCCGUUGAUUGACGUGGACCUGUACUUCUUUGCCAUGCUGUUUUUUGCGACGGGACUGUCCAUAGGUGUGACAGUAGCUGUCGGUAUCCUGUUUUCUAUACAGAUGAAGAUAGUACUUACAAACCAGACGGGAAUCGAGACUUGGAUUUUAGACAAGGCCAAAGAUCGUCCCCGUUUGGAAGGAGACAAGUUUGUGUACCCGUAUCAUCUUGGAUGGCGGAGAAACUUCUGGGAGGUGUUUGCCUGGCAGGGGUACCCACGGGGUGAUGGUAUCACCUGGCCCGUUGUGGAGGGGUGUGACCAGUACACGUUAACUGUGGAGCAGCUCUUACAAAAAGAAGACAAAAGAAAUAGAUCAGUGGAGUUUGCAAUAGUAGACAACUACAGUGGCUCGUGGUUCCCCAUUACUAAAGGCAUCCGAGUGUGCUGCUGUAUACCAUGUACAGAGGAGCCCAGGAUCAAGGUCAAGAGAGGGGACGUUGUCAUGGUGACAAGGGCAUACAGGAAGUGGCUAUAUGGGGAAAAGGUCACAAGAAUAAAGGAUGGUCCCCCAGAGAAGGGAUGGUUCCCGCGACCGUGUGCGGAGAAAAUUAUCAACGAGCUCCACUAUCCACAACAGAGCCAGGCAGAUGACUUUGAGCAUGACAAAAAGGAAGACUGAAAAUAUUUUUUCCACACAGAGAAUUUUUUCAACAUCAUUCAGUAAUUUUGUACAUCAGUAUGAUUCCACAGUCAUUGAUCUCAUCCUCUUAAUUUUCUACCAAAUCCAGAGGCAGCUUCCAGGGAUCUGCAGUAGUUAUUGCAGUUUUCAUUGAAGUCCCUUGGGGGCACUCUUUCCCUACAUGCUGUUAGGUGAUGAUAUACAGUAUCCCAAUGAAAGAUACUCAUUUUGUUAGAGGGUAUUGUUUUUGUAGAAAGAUAGUUUUUCAGUACGGUUGGUACUACCAGUUGUACAUUUUGUAGAUGUGUUUUCAUGAAAAUCAUGUUUUUUGUAAUGACAAAGAUAUAUCACCCUUGGGGGAGUACCUGGAAUUUGUGUUUAAUUUGAUAGGUAACACUGGAUAACCAAGGAAUUGAAUUUGUAUGGGCUUAUUGUGCAACAAAUGAGCAAUAUUUUCUAGGAAUCAUGCAUCCUACCAGAGUGUUUUGUCCAAUUUGAUGUGUAAAGUGUCUUGAUCAAUUAGUAUCAAGUCUUCCUGAUUCAGUACUGAAGUAAGUACGAGUACUAUGAGUAUCAGUGCCCCAGAUUUCUGUACACAGUGCUUAAUGUUUGAGUGGUGAUGUUUCAAUUACAGAAAAUGAUCACUGACCAAAGAAAGUGACAUAGUUACAUGAUCCUUCUUGAAAACCAAAGUACCGCCAAACAGGCCUUGUCCUUAACUUCAUAUAACCAACACGUCAGACUAGUUUCAGAGGUGACUAGUCUGCGGUAGACACUGGAGAGAUGUUACUUUUGAUGUGUGACAUGAAAUAGUCAACAGUAAUGUUAAGUUCAGCUUUAAGGCCUCCUUUCUAUUUGAUGGCUAUUGCUGUGACCAAAAUUUGUGUGACCCUAUAAGAUGCAAGAUGUUAAGAUAUGAUUUAGAAGACAACAAAACAGAAAAUGUUAUCCAUGAAAUUCAUUGAGUGAGCCGUCAAAUCUUAGGUUGCUCUAUGGUCAUUUAGCAGCUACAGUCUAUAGUGGAAAGGGAAUGUAAGACAGCAAUCUUUUCCUUGGGUUCAUAGUUUUUGCUGACAAAGUGGGUUUGAUGUUCCCAGUUAAAGACAGCAUGGAGAACUCAGGGAUUGACAAAAUUGUGCAACCAGAAUCCAAUGAGCUUUUCUUCCUGUGUUAUAUUGUAGCUUACUAGUUUACCUAUGCCUGUAAAAUAAUCCUGGCCAUGUAGAUUUGUUGUAAAAGUGUUAGAAUUGCUUCUAUAUAAAAGUUGUCAGGUCCUCAUAUAUGCAAAUGAUUUUGCAAAUAAAUAUCCAAUGAAUAUUGCAAUAGGUCUUAUAUCAAUGUAGAUGGAUUGGUUAGUGUCAUUGGUGUUGUACAGAUGGUUAAAUAUGGUUACGAGAAUUGGUCAAUGGUGUCUUUAUAUAUGAUGUGUUUACAUAGAAGAAGCCUAAUGAUUUGUAUACAUUUCUGUUGGAGAAAGAUCAAAGUGUAAUCUUGGAUGAUUAAAAUCUACCCAAGGAAUGAACCAAGUAGGAUCAUGUUGGGUAAAACAAAAGGGGAAAAAUACCAGGUUAACUAUAAAAUUACUUUGUAAAUAGCUUUAUCGGGUUGGUAAAUGACUUGCAAGUUCUUACAGGUGAUUAGCCAGUUUUGUCACCCGUAUUUCUAUUUUUUGUCAGCUGCCUUCUUAACAUACUUAUGUACUUAUUGCAAGAUUCAUUUCAAGAAUCAUCAGAUCUCAAACAUGACUGAAUUGUUACUGACCAGAAAAAUUUGCACAAAACCUUCCCUUUCUGUCAGGAACACAGACUGUGGCUAGUUACAAAGGUGUGCUCUAUCUUCUGUGUAGAGGGAUUAGCUUACAUACUGUUCCACAUGAUUUUUGAGCUCAGUUUUAGGUUAUCAUGGUUGUGCAUUGUUCAAUUCUAUUCAAAGAAAGUAAAUGUAACAUGCAAUAAAAACAACUGUUUUGAUUUAAACUUUUGAUCCAACACAGAAGUUCUCUCAUCUAGAGCUUUCAACCAGUCACUCUGGUCUUCCUCAGUAGACUGACCCAGUGAAGCUUGUCACGUGUCUUUGAAUUGUGACGUCAACACUGGGUCAAAGGUACGGACCAUCUGGUAGACAAUGUCAGCCCCCAUCACGGUCUAGGUGAGAACUUCUUUGUGUUGAAUCAAAAGUUUUAACUUAAAACAUGUAACUACCAACACAGAUGAACUUUCAUGAUGAUAAAAACAUCUGUUAAGCCUUG